AUGUCUGACGUUACUGAAAAAAAGGAAACAACCACUACAACUACUGAAGCUAAACCUCCAACUUCUGCCGUCUUUUCUAUGUUUGGUGGUAAGAAGCAAGAAAAAAAGGAAAAAGAUGAAGGUACAGAUGAUAAACAAGAAGAAUCAAAUGACAAGAAGAAAGAUGAAGACGAAGCAGAGCCAGAUGUCCAUUUCGAACCGGUUGUUCACUUAGAAAAGGUUGAUGUAAAAACUUUGGAGGAAGAUGAAACCGUUCUUUACAAAGUCAGAGCUAAGUUAUUUAGAUUCGAUCCAGAAAACAAAGAAUGGAAGGAAAGAGGUACUGGUGACUGUAAAUUUUUACAAAAUAAAGAAACCAAAAAAGUUAGAUUAUUGAUGAGAAGAGAUAAAACUUUAAAAAUCUGUGCAAAUCAUAUGAUCGCCCCAGAAUAUGUCUUAAAACCAAACAUUGGUUCUGAUAGAUCUUGGGUUUAUACGUGUACAGCUGAUAUUGCAGAUGGUGAGCCAGAAGCAUUUACUUUUGCUAUUAGAUUUGGUAAUAAAGAAAAUGCUGAUAAUUUCAAAAAAGAAUUCGAAAAGGCUCAAGAACUAAACAAAAAAUAG